AUGGCCUCAACCACGACCAAAGUCGGGCAUGCGCUGGCCAAAGUUCUCGGAAUCGAUCUCCAUUACCGCAGCGAAACGGGUUCCGACCGUGUCACUCGCGGCGAGUCCGCCUUCUCCAUCGAGUCGGCAGAUACCUAUGUCGAGCGUGAACCUACCGCUGCCGAGUGGUUCCGCGAGAUAACUCCCUCGCGACACGACGUCGUCCAGUACUUUGUCCGACUCUUCCCCUUCCUUCAGUGGAUCACUCGCUACAAUGUCCAGUGGCUCAUUGGUGACCUGGUCGCAGGCAUCACGGUGGGAGCAGUGGUUGUGCCCCAGAGCAUGGCCUAUGCGAAGCUUGCCCAGCUGCCCGUCGAGUAUGGUCUCUACUCGUCCUUUAUGGGCGUCUUGAUUUACUGGUUCUUCGCCACGUCCAAAGACAUUACCAUUGGCCCCGUCGCCGUCCUGUCCACCGUCACGGGCAACGUCAUCCUCAAGGUGCACGACAAGCUGCCCGACGUCCCUGCCGACAUGGUGGCAUCCUCACUGGCCAUCAUUGGCGGCUCCAUUGUGCUCUUCAUGGGCCUCGCCCGCCUCGGUUGGAUCGUCGAGUUCAUCACCCUCGCCGCCAUCAGCGCCUUCAUGACCGGCUCUGCCAUCAACAUCGCUGCUGGCCAAGUACCCGCCCUCAUGGGCAUCACGGGCGUCAAAACCCGCGAGGCGACCUACAAGGUCAUCAUCAACACCCUAAAGCAUCUGGGCAGCUCCGACCUCAAUGCCGCCAUUGGACUGACUGCCCUUACCAUGCUGUACCUGAUUCGGUUCGUGUGCGGAUACCUUGCCAAACGCUAUCCCAGCAAGCAGAAGAUGUUCUUCUUCAUCAGCACUCUUCGCACGGCAUUCGUCAUUCUGCUCUAUGUCCUCAUCAGCUACCUGUGCAAUCGGUCGCAUCGCGCCAACGGCACCAAGCCCAUAUUUUCGACGCUGGGGAAGGUCCCACGAGGGUUCAAACACGCCAGAGUCCCCGUCGUCACGACGGAGAUCAUUUCUGCAUUUGCUUCCGACCUUCCAUCCACCGUCAUUGUCCUCUUGAUUGAGCACAUUUCGAUUUCAAAAUCCUUUGGAAGGGUCAACAACUACACCAUUGACCCCUCGCAAGAGCUGGUAGCCAUUGGCGUCACCAACGUCCUCGGACCCUUCCUGGGUGCAUACCCCGCCACGGGCUCCUUCUCCCGAACGGCCAUCAAGUCGAAAGCCGGCGUCCGCACGCCCUUUGCCGGAGUCAUCACGGCCAUUGUGGUUCUGCUCGCCAUCUACGCCCUCCCGGCCAUGUUCUGGUACAUUCCCAAUGCGGCCCUCUCCGGCGUCAUCAUCCACGCCGUCGGAGACCUCAUCACGCCUCCCAACACAGUCUACCAGUUCUGGCGCAUCUCCCCCUUGGAAGUGCCCAUCUUCUUCGCCGGUGUCAUUGUCACCAUCUUCAGCAGCAUCGAGGACGGCAUCUACACCACGGUGGCCAUAUCGGCGGCUCUCCUGCUCUUCCGCAUCUGCAAGGCGCGAGGGCGCUUCUUGGGCCGAGCAAAGAUCCAUUCCGUCAUUGGAGAUCAUCUCCUUGACCCUGACGUGGAGAACAAGGACAAAUCCGAGUAUCCCGAAGACAAGCCCGUCCGCAAGAGCCCCGCAGAAGGCGAGGAUUCUGUUCGCGAUGUCUUUCUGCCCAUCGAUCACCAGGAUGGGUCGAACCCGCUCAUCGAACUCGAGGACCCUUACCCCGGCAUCUUCAUCUUCAGGUUCUCCGAGGGAUUCAACUACCCCAACACCAACCACUAUCUCGACCAGCUCGUGGAUACCGUGUUCAAGAAGACUCGCAGGACGAACCCGGCCACCUAUGGCAGACCUGGCGACCGGCCGUGGAACGAUCCCGGCCCGCGGCGCGGGAAAGAAGUCGACCCCACGGAUUCGCGGCCCACGUUGAAGGCCAUCAUUCUCGAUUUUUCGUCGGUCAACAAUGUCGAUCUCACGAGCGUACAGAACCUCAUUGAUGUCCGCAACCAGCUCGAUCGCUACGCCGCUCCGGAUACGGUCGACUGGCACUUCUGCCACAUCAACAACCGCUGGACCAAGCGGGCCCUGGCUGCUGCCGGCUUUGGGUAUUACACACCGGAGUCGGAAGACGGCGCCGUUCACCGAUGGAAGCCCAUCUUCAGUGUAGCCGAGAUUGGCGGAGAGGCAAGCGCGGCGGCCGAGGCCGAGGCCAGAGAGAAUAGGAUGGCGCGCAAGGCGUCCCGUGCAACUGUACAGGACAUCGAAGGGCUGGCUCCGUCAUCCGACGACACCUCCGAGUCUGAUCCCUUUGAACGAGAACUGACCCAGAGCAAGGCCUAUGGGACAAUGCACAAGGCGACAAGGAUCGCGGUGGUGCAGGGGCUCAACCGGCCUCUGUUCCACGUCGACAUCACGGCUGCCUUGAACAGCGCGCUCGCCAACGUGCACAGGAAAGCGCAUUGA